UGCCAGUGCUGCCUUCUGCCCGUUCUGCAGCAUUCUACUCGCGUGCACGUGGUUGCAGCUGGUUGCAGCGAACGUUCUUUAUUUACAAAAGUGCUAUCUGGUUUAAAUGCAUUUAUAUUUUACACAUUGUUAAACACGUGUUGCUCAUUCGCGUUCGUUAUAUAAAAUGGUUGUAUUCACUUGUAACAAUUGCGGCGAGUCGCUGCGCAAACAAAAAGUUGCACAGCAUUACAUGAUGCGAUGCCGGAGGAUGCCAAUGAACAUAUCGUGUGUCGAUUGUUUCAAAGAUUUUUUGGGUAAUGAGUAUGAGAAGCAUACAGAGUGCAUAACCGAACUUGAAAGAUACGGCGAUAAAUCUGCGGGUAUUACAGCCCCGAAGUACGCGAAAAAACAAAAAGAAUGGCUCAGUGUAGUGGAAAAUGUACUAAAUAGCGAUAAAAGUUUGUCCAAGGAGGAACUACACUUCUUGAAUCUUUUGUCUAAACACAAAAACAUUCCGCGGAAAAAGUCCAAGUUUGAGAACUUUGUAAAGUGUGCUAUGGGCUCUCGGAGAAUAAAGCCUGAUGUAAUUAACAGUGUUUGGGACAAACUUUCGGCUUAUAAAAGUGAUGUUCAAAAUGACAAUACUCAAAACGAAAAACAGCAGGAGAAUGCAGGUCAAACUGAUGAGAAUGACGUGAGCAUGCAUCAAGAAAAUAGUAUUGUUGAAAACCAAAAUAAUGAGAACAUAGACAGAGAAAAGCAGAAUGGGGAUCAUGAAAGUACAAAUGGUCUUCAGAAUGGUACUGGUAGUAAUGAUAAGAGUAAAAAGAAAUUGAAGAAAAGGACAGCAUCUGAAGCAGGUCAAGAGCAAACAGAAACCAGAAAUAAUACUGAAGAACCAAUCACCAAGAAAAAAAAGAAACAUGCUUCCACAGAGGAAACAGUUUCAUCAGAAAAGAAUGAAGACACUCUGAUUUCUGAAACCUCGAUUAAUCAAGACGACGCGAACUUAACUUUCAGUUGGAAAGAUGCUAUUCUUAGUACGGUAAAAAGUAAAGGGGAAAUAUCUUUGAAAAAGUUGCAGGAUAAAGUCAUCUCACGAUACAUGAACUUUUCUUCGAACACCGUGUCACGCGAGAAAGCAUUUAGUAAAUUCAAUAAGAAACUGAAGAAAGUAUCGGAAGUAAUAGUUUCCGAUGAAAAAGUGAGAUUAGCCUAAUUUGACUGGUUUCAUGUCAUUUUAUGUUUCUUUAAAGAAGAUAUGAUUCAUUGACAUUAAUUGUUCGAUUGAUUACUUCGAAUAUUAACAUAUACUAUUGCUGGUACGUGAAACAAAACAAGAGGUUUGCGAUGAGUGAAUAAAACUUGUUGAAAUUAUCACAGAAUUUAUUUAAAAUUUUUCAUUUAUCAGUGUGAAUAAUUAUUAAGUGUAUAAAGUAUAACAACAAUAAAUAGUACAAUGAGAAUUGUAUACAGCAUAAAAUCAUUCUGUCAAGUAUGUUUACUUGGAGGCAAAGAAUUUUUAUAUAAAUAAAUGGUUUAAAAUACA